AUGGAAAUUGAUGUAAAUGCAGGAAAUGAAAACAAAGCAAAAUUAGUACCGGGGCGAGAACUGUUGCAUGUAAUACGGAAAACAAUUUCAAAUAAACUUGUUCAAUCACAAAUUUAUUUGUCAGGAACAAAUUUCAAAGAAACACGGAACCAGAAUCAUCAUGACGACCACAUCAAAAUAUUACACCGUUGGUUUGUAAAAAACCACACACAAUCAAAAUACAAUUGCGUGCGAACUGUCUGCAUGGCUGUGCGCGGAUCGUUGGAGUCGGUGUCGUGCUGGAUUGGCAGUAUGUGGUUUGCAACUAGUGCUCCGCGAGAACUAGAGCAUAUACCGUGA